CUGGGACACUAACCAGCCCCCCGAGUUCUGGCUCGUCCCUAUCCCCGGGGAGUCCCUCAGCCCUCCCACGACUCCAAGGGUGGGCCGGAAGCUUCUUGGUCAGUUCGUUUCCCAACUGGUGGGUUGCAACAUCCCGGGCCAGUUAACCCCAGGAGUGGCCGCGGCGGACGACUCCGCCCCUGCCCAGCAGGGGGCGUGCCUGCCCCGCCCCAUUUCUGUCCGCGGGGCCGCUCCCCUGGCCCGCGCCUCCGCAGACUCCGGCUCUGUCUCUCCCGGGACAGGGGUCAGGUCCGAGCCCCGUGGAGGCUCUCGGAGCGCAGCUUGGCCCAGCCUACCCGCGCCGGAGGCCAUGGCGGGCACCCUGGACCUGGACAAGGGCUGCACGGUGGAGGAGCUGCUCCGUGGUUGCAUUGAAGCCUUCGGCACUCAGGAAAUGACCUCUGGAUUCUUGACCCCGUGGAACCCGUCUCCUUCCGCCCCAGCUGGUUCCCCUCCAGACUACAGGCCCGACUCAGACGCUCCUCUCCUCUAGUUCCUCGGAUCCUGCCUUAUCCCUCUUCCACCCUACCUUUACUUUAUAAUCUGCCUCCUGGUUUCGGAGCCCUCGGAAAGCCGGAGGCGGCCGGGAGCCAGAAACCCGGCAGGCUGCGGGGUAGGGUUUAGGGACCGAAGCUGCGGGACGUAGGGUCAACCCGCUUCUCCUUGACCCCUCGGAGUUAGAUGACUCCGGGAAGGUGCGGGACCCGCAGCUGGUGCGCAUGUUCCUCAUGAUGCACCCCUGGUACAUCCCUUCCUCUCAGCUGGCGGCAAAACUGCUGUACGUCUACCAACAAUCCCGGAAGGACAACUCCAGUUCGCUUCAGGUGAAAACAUGCCAUCUGGUCAGGUACUGGAUCUCAGCAUUCCCAGCAGAGUUUGACUUGAAUCCUGAGCUCGCUGAGCAGAUCAAGGAGCUGAAGGCUCUGCUAGACCAAGAAGGGAACCGCCGGCACAGCAGCCUCAUCGACAUCGAGAGCGUCCCCACCUACAAGUGGAAUCGGCAGGUGACCCAGAGGAACCCUGUGGAACAGAAAAAGCGCAAGAUGUCCCUGUUGUUUGACCACCUGGACCCCAUGGAGCUGGCAGCACAUCUCACCUACUUGGAAUAUUGCUCCUUUUGCAAGAUCCUGUUCCAGGACUAUCACAGUUUUGUGACUCACGGCUGCACCGUGGACAACCCUGUCCUGGAGCGAUUCAUCUCCCUCUUCAACAGUGUCUCGCAGUGGGUGCAACUCAUGAUUCUCAGCAAGCCCACAGCCCCGCAGCGGGCCCUGGUCAUCACACACUUCGUCCACGUUGCAGAGAAACUCCUGGAGCUGCAGAAUUUCAACACGCUGAUGGCGGUGGUCGGGGGCCUGAGCCACAGCUCCAUUUCCCGCCUCAAGGAGACCCACAGCCACGUGAGCCCAGAGACCAUCAAGCUCUGGGAAGGUCUGACAGAACUAGUGACGGCCACUGGUAACUAUGGCAACUACCGGCGCCGGCUGGCAGCCUGCGUGGGUUUCCGCUUCCCCAUCUUGGGUGUGCACCUCAAGGACCUGGUGGCCCUGCAGCUGGCACUGCCUGACUGGCUGGACCCCACCCGGACCCGACUUAAUGGGGCCAAGAUGAAGCAGCUCUUCAGCAUCCUGGAGGAGCUGGCCAUGGUGACCAGCCUUCAGCCCCCAGUGCAAGCCAACCCCGACCUGCUGAGCCUGCUGACGGUGUCUCUGGAUCAGUAUCAGACAGAGGAUGAGCUCUACCAGCUGUCCCUGCAGCGGGAACCGCGCUCCAAGUCCUCGCCAACCAGCCCCACCAGCUGCACGCCGCCUCCCCGGCCCCCGGUGCUGGAGGAGUGGACCUCAGCGGCCAAACCCAAGCUGGAUCAUGGACUCAUGGUGGAGCACAUUGAGAAGAUGGUGGAGUCUGUGUUCCGGAACUUCGAUGUCGAUGGGGACGGCCACAUCUCACAGGAGGAGUUCCAGAUCAUCCGUGGGAACUUUCCUUACCUCAGCGCCUUUGGGGACUUCGACCAGAACCAGGACGGCUGCAUCAGCAAGGAGGAGAUGGUCUCCUACUUUCUGCGCUCCAGCUCUGUGCUGGGUGGCCGCAUGGGCUUCGUACACAACUUCCACGAGAGCAACUCCUUGCGCCCGGUCGCCUGCCGCCACUGCAAGGCCCUGAUCCUGGGCAUCUACAAGCAGGGCCUCAAAUGCCGAGGUGAGAUGGAGUUGCAAGGCUGCUGGGCUGAGUUUUUUGGGAAGAGUUACUAUCUGGCCUGUGGUGUUAACUGCCACAAGCAGUGCAAGGAUCGUCUGUCAGUUGAGUGCCGGCGCCGGGCCCAGAGUGUGAGUCUGGAGGGGUCUGCACCCUCACCCUCACCCACACAUACCCACCAUCGCGCCUUCAGCUUCUCCCUGCCCCGCCCUGGCAGGCGAGGCUCCCGGCCUCCAGAGAUCCGAGAGGAGGAGGUUCAGACGGUGGAGGAUGGCGUGUUUGACAUCCACUUGUAAUUGAUGCUGUGACUGGAUCAAGCACUCAUGCCUGCUUUGGAGAAAAGACUUGGACCAGAGCAGGGAGCCUGGGGUGCUGCGGCAGCAGGCCGGGGCUGGGGGGCGGGGUGUGAGGGUGGCAUGCAGCUGAGGGCAGGGCCAGGGCUGGUGUCCCUAAGGUUGUACAGAUUCUUGUGAAUAUUUGUGUUUUCCACAUGGAAUAAAGGCCCAAGUAAUUAACCUGGA